UCGAAAGAACAUGUACCACAGAGAAUGGCAGUACGAGGGUCUACCCAUCGAGCUUCCAUCCCGAAGGUCGCUUACCAACAAUACCAAAGAAAGAAUAACCACUACCACGAAACCAACACCUACAAUAGACCGCCGCUACAGAAGGAUCUACAACGCAGAUGAGGUGGCCUCUAUUGAAGACUACCCUUUCCUCGCUGCGUUGCUCGUCAACAGGCAACUGUGGUGUGGGGCGGUCAUUAUCGAUACUGAUAAAGUACUGACUGCUGCCCAUUGCUUGCAGUUGCAGUACAACAAUCGCUUUUUUCGUGAAUACGUCAAAAUGUUGUCCGUCCGAGUUGGAUCUUCAAACGCGACAUCUGGCGGCGAAGUGUACCACGUCUCCGAGAUAUUCUUCCAUCCCAACUACAAACCCAGCUCCCUUGAGUUCAACUUUGCUGUCAUAAAACUGGACAGGAACAUAUCCUAUGAGAAACUCGACACGAGGGUCGCGAAGAUCGAUUAUGCGGCCGAUAAAUUGGUGCCAACUGAUGCUGUGAUCACGUUUCUUGGUUGGGGCUCUGUUCUGGGUGUGGGUGGAUUGGGUGGGCAAGUACUUUUACAGAAGCUUGAAUUGCCGAUCUAUGAUAUAGCAGACUGCCAGGAGGUAUAUGGGAGGGACUUGGUGCAUUCACGUACAAACUUUUGUGCGGGAUAUAUUACAAAGGCUAAAAAUGUUUGCAACCAUGACGCGGGCGGCCCAGCAAUUAAAGAUGGCAUCCUAGUCGGAAUCCUGUCAUUUUCCGCCAAAAGGUGUGAUUUGCCAGACCAGCCUGCGGUAUUUUCAGCGGUUGGUUCGGUUGCCUCUUGGUUGGACACAAUAGGCGAAUAUACUGUCAAAUUGAUGAACACCGAACUAAAGUACCCAGACUGGACCAACAAACAGGAAUAAAAUAAAAUAACUAAUUGUACAUUAAUAAUAUAUUUCCUCUAAUACUGUACACAUCGCAAUCACUUUAGACUACUUUGUAACAAGAAAUAAAUAAAAA